GGACGCAACACUGACGCUGACGUUUCAAAUCGUUUUGACAUUUAUAACAACAAGCCCUGUGAAACUUUUGUAGAGAAAUAAAAUAGCAAUAAAUUCUCCAGGAUGCAGUCAGUAGUAACGUUCGAGAAACCAUUACCACAUUUAAGUCUGCCGGAUUGGGAUGCUCGCUUGUACGGGCUGCAGGUGACUGCAGACACCAGAAGAGCUGAUGCCUUCGAUCUCCGACACGGCGCCCAUCAGCUUCGCAAUGAAACCAGGAUCAAGACUGAGUGGGAUAGCUACCACAACAAUAAUCGGCUUAGAGCAAGGGUAUACGAAAUAGAACAAUGGAAGUCAACCCUCCAAGAGCUAUUGAAUCGUAUAGACAGAGAGAUGAGCGCUCUGAAAGAGGAGAAGGCGUCAACUGAAAGAGAACUUGAACAGCUCAACAUGCCGCUACUUGUUUGUUCGGAAUGUUUGUCAAAUAGAGAUGGGAGAAGAAGUUCUGAGCUUACUUAUGAUCUAGCUGAUACUGAGUUGAAAAAGGAACUGUGCGUUACUGAGAGCAACAAGAAAAUGCUCAUAGACCGAUGUCAGUCCGCGUGGGAAAAGAUCAAUAAACUGGAAGUGGUGAAAUUCAAACUUCAACUAGACCUCAACGACAAGAACGAAACGCUGCAAAUUGAUAAGGACAUGCUUAACUUGGACAAAGAUUGUGCUAACAUUACGUAUAAAACUGAUUCCCUGAAAACUCCAAAUAGAAUGAUCACAUACGAACAAUGGUUGGACAAAUGUGAGGCGACGAAGAGAAUGGCAAUAAACGAGCUUCAGGAUACGCUUCGUCUUCGCGAAUCCUUGUUCGUCGCCCGAGGCCGCGCCAGAAACGCCUUGCGUGCGCAGACUGACGUGACGAACUAUAUGAUGAGACGGCGCAUUUAUGAUACACAGAGGGCGAGGAAUGAGCUGCAAUGGCAAAAGAUGAAGAUGGAAGAAAACAUGGACAAACUGGCAACAGAACUGAAGACGAUCGGGGAACAAUUCGCUGACAAAGUAAAUGCUCUGAAAGUGGCUGAAACCCGUUUGGAGACGCGCGGGUACCGCCCGGGCAUAGAACUUGCAUCCGACGAAGCUGAUAUUGGACUGAAGGAAGAAGUUCGCAACUUGAGGGAAACCAUUCGUCAGUUGCAAGAGAAGCAGGACUGUGCCAAGGCGACCUACAACGCGUUGGAGGCGGCAUCUAUCAAGAUCGCUAUAGACCUCAACGAUAAGGAGCAAUCUCUUGAGACGGACACUCAAGCGCUCGAGAUGCGUGCGGCAUUGGAACCCAAGCGCCCUACAGGAACCGAUAAGAACCUGGUACUCGCCAGUAUGAUGGAUGAAGUGCCGAAAAUCGAGGCUUGACGCUAUACAAAUAAUAUUAAAAAACAACUUUGAAGUAUCUUUACCUUCAAUCAAUUGAAUGAUUGAAAAUUUUUACCUUUGGAAUUCAAUAUUUUUAAUAAAAUUUUAUGUUUUGAUCUUUUAA